GGCUCCCAGCCUUUGCUCCGCGCCAGACCCGGCCCUGCCGUCCGCCUACCCGCCCGCCGCGGCUCGUCAUCUCCGGGGUCCCAGCCUCCACGGGCCGGGGCCGCCGCCGCCGCCGCAGGACGGGGAGGCGGGCCAUGGCGUCCUGCGUGGGGAGUCGGACCCUGAGCAAAGAUGAUGUGAACUACAAGAUGCAUUUCCGGAUGAUCAAUGAGCAGCAAGUGGAGGACAUCACCAUUGACUUCUUCUACCGGCCGCACACUAUCACUCUGCUCAGCUUCACCAUCGUCAGCCUCAUGUACUUUGCCUUCACCAGGGAUGACUCUGUCCCAGAAGACAACAUCUGGAGGGGUAUCCUCUCUGUAAUUUUCUUCUUUCUUAUCAUCAGUGUCCUAGCUUUCCCCAAUGGUCCGUUUACUCGACCUCAUCCGGCCUUGUGGCGAAUGGUUUUUGGGCUCAGCGUGCUCUACUUUCUGUUCCUGGUGUUCCUCCUCUUCCUGAACUUUGAGCAGGUUAAAUCCCUGAUGUACUGGCUGGAUCCAAAUCUUCGCUAUGCCACGAGGGAGGCAGAUGUCAUGGAGUAUGCUGUGAACUGCCACGUUAUCACCUGGGAGCGGAUUAUCAGCCAUUUUGAUAUAUUUGCAUUUGGACAUUUCUGGGGCUGGGCCAUGAAGGCCUUGCUGAUCCGUAGCUACGGUCUUUGCUGGACAAUCAGUAUUACCUGGGAGCUGACUGAGCUUUUCUUCAUGCAUCUUCUGCCCAAUUUUGCCGAGUGCUGGUGGGACCAAGUCAUUCUGGACAUCCUGCUCUGUAACGGUGGUGGCAUCUGGUUGGGCAUGGUCGUCUGCCGGUUUUUAGAGAUGAGAACUUACCACUGGGCAAGCUUCAAGGACAUCCAUACCACCACCGGGAAAAUCAAAAGAGCCGUGCUCCAGUUCACUCCUGCUAGCUGGACCUACGUUCGAUGGUUUGACCCCAAAUCUUCAUUUCAGAGAGUGGCUGGAGUAUACCUUUUUAUGAUCAUCUGGCAGCUGACUGAGUUGAAUACCUUCUUCCUGAAACACAUCUUUGUGUUCCAAGCCAGCCAUCCAUUAAGUUGGUGUAGAAUUCUCUUUAUCGGUGGCAUCACGGCUCCCACAGUGAGACAGUACUACGCUUACCUCACCGACACGCAGUGCAAACGCGUGGGAACACAGUGCUGGGUGUUUGGGGUCAUUGGUUUCCUGGAAGCUAUUGUCUGCAUAAAAUUUGGACAAGAUCUCUUCUCUAAGACCCAGAUACUCUAUGUUGUACUUUGGCUUCUUUGCGUGGCUUUCACCACCUUCCUGUGUCUGUACGGCAUGGUGUGGUAUGCAGAGCACUAUGGGCACCGGGAAAAGACCUACUCAGAGUGUGAAGAUGGCACAUACAGUCCAGACAUCGCCUGGCCUUCCGGAAAAGGUACAAAAGGUUCUGAAGACGGCCCACCCAAGCACCCGGGCAACAACGAGAGCCAUUCUUCCAGAAGAAGGAACCGACAUUCCAAGUCAAAAGUCACCAACGGAGUGGGAAAGAAAUGAAAGCCCCUGGUUAAUCAAGGACGUGCCAGGGAGUGCCUAGAACUGGGAGGGGACAGAAUCGGCCGGACCUCCCUGAGAGGAGAUGGAAAUGCACGGCGCAAACGGGAAGGAGCGGGGGCUGGGGGGGGGGGUCAUUAAUCGAGAGCCUGUGUCUUGUUUCCCACAGACCUGGCCGCGUCGGGCAGGCCAUUGCCUGGGGUCCUUCGCCUCUCCGGGGUCUCUUGUAACUUCAGCGCUUGGCACGCAGUCACCACCGGUAGCAGGACAGCGUAGGCGGGAGAGGGUGGUUGUUUCCUCACCGUUGCCAGGGGCAGCUUUGUGCUUGCGUGUGUGGUGGAUGCACUUUAAACAUCUUCCUUCAGACAGGGCAUCAACCAGGCAGUUCAUGGCCAGGUUUUAUUUUUCCGCAUCUGCCUUUCUGUUUGACAGACUGGUUUCAGUCCAGACCCCUUCUCUGUCUUUUGUUGUCCCUUGUUUUUAAGUGAGGAUGCUUAAAAACCUUCAGAAGCCAUGGCUAAAGUUGAGCUGGGGGGAGGGCUCCCCUCUCUUUUAGAGGACAGAAGAGGGGAGCAGUGUACCUUACUGUUUGGCAACCGCCCCCACCCUGCCCCUUUUCAGAAUCAACCACUGGGUGGGUGGAAACCAGGCUGAGGAAAAGUUAGCGACCCACAUAGGAUCCUGGGCUCCAGAUCAGAACCUUUCUGUUCCCUGUCAGAUGUCAUAGGUCCAGACUUCUCCACCAUGCACAGGCCGGGGACCUGCCGAGAGGCAGGGCUCCCCUCCGCGGCACCCCCUAACCCCACCCCAGCCAGGUGCCUUUUCCAUUUUGUUUGUUUUUCCUUCCAUGGUGUGUUGCUGACAUUGUCUUUAGUCCCAUGUGAGGUGCUGGUGAGUAUUACCUUCCGACUGUGCCAUGCUCUAGAACAUUGACCCUGGUAGUUCACCACCUCUGAUGGAUCCCUGUUUUAAAUAAAACAAUUCACAUGAAAGCCCAUCAAA